GUGGUCUUGUUGUUUGGUUUUGUUUAUAGACACAACUUGCAAUACUCUAUGAUGUGAAGUAUGUGGUGUAUAAAUUUAAAACAUGUGGGUGUUUUUUGUGCACGAUGUGAUCGAAGUAAGAGAUAAACAUUCGAAAAUCACAGCGGAUGCGUUCCUGUUCCUUUUAAUAUUCUUCAUGUACAAUGACACGGAGAAUGGUCAUAACUAAGCGGAGCGGCGAGCUGUAAGGGGGCAGCAUGUCGGGGGCAGGCCACCAGGGCCCGGCCAGCCUCGCCCACCACCCCGUGCCGGAGUUCCGGGACGCCGACCACUACCGCCAGGCCCUCAGCCCGCUCUGCAUCUCCGAUGGCAGCCACGAGAUCGUCAGGCCCAAGCCCAGGAGACCCGGGGGAGGGGGCAGCCGGGAGAUGCUCCCAUCGAGCGGAUAUGCCUCGUACCAGCAGCUGCCUCCCGGAGACAGCCCCAUACGACCGGGGAGCGGGCCCCCCUCGCGGCAGCUGGGGCCGGCCGGCAAGGCCGCGGACGACAAGCCGUUCCACCCCAUCGCGGGCUCCAAGAUGGCGGCGUGCCCCCCGGACGCCGGCCGGCCGGCCGGCGCGGAGCAGCUGGUGCCCGAGAGGGACCUGGCGGGGGGGCAGCCCGCGGCCGGUCUCGAGCCGCCCCAGGCCCCGGCAGAGGACAGCGCCGUCUCCCGCUCCUUCAAGCAGAUGCAGCACCGCGCGGCCCUGCAGACGGUCACCAGCAAGAUGGCGACGGUGGCGAGCAGCCGGCAGCCCGGGGCGCGCGGCUACGGCACGGCUGGGCGCGGGGGCCACCUGCACCACCACCUUAGCGUGGAGGAGCUGCGGCUCAUGCAGAGGAGGCAGGACUCGAACGGCAGUUCGUCGGACGACGGCACGCGCAGCUCGGGCCACGCCAGCAUGUCGGACGGCCACCUGAGCUCGUCCCCGCCGGUCGAGCGGCACCAGCACUACCGCUCGCACCUCAACUCCGUCCCCGAGGACGACAGGUUGUCUGCCAGCGUGAUGCAGAGCCAAGGUCGCAGCGGGCGGAAGGCGACCCACAACAGGAGCCGGCACCGAGCGACACCUGCCAAGCUGGUGCCGUGCGGCUCGGGCCUCGAGGACAUCAAGCUGGCCAUCCAGCAGCUCACGAUGCGCUCGCACGCGGGCGGCUACUCCUCCUCCACCUACUCCAGCCUGAGCGGCAGCGAGUCGGGCGAACCGGCCGCCCGCCGCCUCAUCCGCCACUCCUCGCUCGAGACCAUCAACACCAACGUCACCAACGCCGACGAGUUCGUCUGGGUGGACUCGCACAACCGGCUGGUGGAGCUGCAGCACCUGCCCUGGUCCAGCCACGACGUGCUCAAGGUGGUGCAGAACGGCCGCACCAAGGACCACAUGGAGCGCGUGUCCAUGGAGACGGUGCCGCGCCUCUGCUACCUGCUGCAGCGCGCCCUGGUGCGCGUGGGGCGCGAGGCGCAGCGCCUGUCCCGCCCGCUGGGGCUGUGCUCCAAGCAGGAGGUGUGCUCCGCCCUCAAGAUCACCCUGUGCCCCGCCCUCGCCGACUCCUGCACCAAGGCGUGUCUGCGGGCGGCGGCCAUGUUCGCCGUGUCGGGGGACCUGCAGCUGAAGCAGAGCAAGUCCAGCCGCGCCGGCCUGCAGCUCUCCGUCGGCAAGUUCCAGCGCUGGAUGGCCGACGUCUGCCUCGGCAAGUUCGUGCACGAGUACGCAGCGGUGUACCUGGCCGCCGGCAUGGAGAACCUGCUGGAGGAGAUCGUGCUGCAGUGCCUGGCGAGCGAGCCGGACGCCGUGCUCACGGCCACCGUGUUCGAGCACGCCAUCGCCAGCAACGGCGACCUGUGGGGGCUGCUGCAGCCGUACGCGCACCUCAACGCCGGCCGCAUCGCCUCAGGGGCGCUGGCUAUGCCGCGGUGGGCCAGCGCGUCGAGCGUCAACACGGACUCGACGCAUGCGUCCUCAUCGCUGGCCGGCGGCAAGUCGCUGGAGCAGUCGCUGCUGACGACGUGCGUGGGCUCGGCGCAGGAGCUGACGGAGCUGCUGGCGAGGAUCAACACCCGGCCCGUCAGCUGGACGCCGGCCGCCGUGCAGGCGCUCUUCUACUUCAUGAGGUGCUCCCAGCUGGAGCACGCGGAGCACUCGGCGCCCGUCCAGGAGCUGGUGUACGAGCGGGCGUACGCGGUGCUGCCCCCGCUGGUGGAGUGGCUGCGAGUGGCGGCCGCCCACGCCGAGCACCGCCACUCCUCGCUGCUGGACCGCGACGACGUGAUGCAGGCGGCGCGCCUGCUGCUGCCCGGCGUCGACUGCCCCGCGCGCCACUUCACCGCCGGGUCGGAGGAGGCCAUCCUGUGCAGGCGCUCCGGCGACGAGGGCGACUGCGUGCGCAGGCUCAAGUCGGAGCUGGCCUUCAAGAUGCUGCGCAGCGGGCGCGGGGACCUGUUGCAGCACGCCUUGCAGCUGCUGCCCUCGAGCAAGAAGCUGAACAGCGUGAACGAGUGCGGGCUCACACCGCUCAUGGCGGCCGUGCUGCUGCGCGACGAGGCGGCGGCGCGAGCCCUGCUGGAACUGGGGGCGGACCCCGACGUGGAGACCCCCGCCUACGGGGCGCCGGGCUGCCCCCAGGCGCACGCCGAGGCCCAGCACUGGACCGCGCUCACCCACGCCGCGCUGCAGGGCGCUCUGGGCUGCGCGCGGCUCCUGCUGGAGCACGGGGCCCACGUCGAGGGCGGGGCGCGACUCAGCGAGGACAAGUGCACGCUCACGCCCCUGCAGGUGGCGGUGGCGAGCGGAAACACGGAGCUGGUGUCGCUGCUGCUGUCGCACGGCGCCCAUCCCUUCCUCUCGACGCAGCUCAAGGACUCGCUGUGCUACUCGGGCGCCGCGCAGAGGGGCUGCUACAGUGCCAUAGCCGUGGCGGCCGCGCACGGGCAGCGCGCCGUGUUGCACAAGCUGCUGUCGCACCCGCUCAACUCCACCAACAAGGAGGUGCUGUCCUUGGAGGAGAUCCUGGCCGAGGGGGCGUCCCAGCUCACGGCCGACCGACGCCAGGGCAGCCGCCUGCAGGUGGCGUGCCCCACGGCCCCUGAUGCGGGCAGCUGUGCCGUAAGCCUGGCGGGCAGCGACAACUCGCAGCUGCUGAAGCUCAGCAAGGCCCAGACCAAGUCGCUGCAGGAGGCCAUGUACCACAGCUGCGAGAACAACCACCUGGACAUCACGCUGGACCUGCGCAACAUCGGCAUCCCCUGGACGCUGCACUGCUGGAUGCACACGCUGGCCACGGCCCACGACCAGCGCCUCGACAGCAUCAUCGACCAGCUACUGCAGGACUUCCUGCAGGUGUGGCCGGACGACUACUCCUCCCAGUUCGUGGACGAGUGCCUGCCCCUGCUCUUCACCAUCUUCCGGUUCAGCAAGAACGAGGGCACGACCCUCCUGCUGGCCGACAUAUUCUCCACGUGCUACGGCUGGGACCCCAUCAAGGACAUCCGCGACACGUCCUUCUCCGGUGGCACGCGCAUCGACCCCAAGUUCGUCAACAACCCGGAGCUGAGCGACGUGCAGUUCCGUGUCGAGGGCCGUGUCUUCUACGGCCACAAGAUCGUGCUGGUGACGUGGUCGCCGCGCUUCCGCGCCAUGCUCAGCUCCAAGUUGUGCGACGGCAACCCGCCCAUCGUGCACAUCAACGACAUCCGCUACCACAUCUUCCAGCUGGUGAUGCAGUACCUGUACAACGGCGGCUGCGAGACGCUCCAGGUGGAGCAGUCUGACGUGCUGGAGCUGAUGGCCGCCGCCAACUUCUUCCAGCUGGACGGCCUGCUGCGCUUCUGCGAGGCGCAGUGCUCCUCCAUGGUGGACCUGGACAACAUCGUGUCGCUCUACAUCCACGCCAAGGUGUACAACGCGACGGAGCUGCUGGAGUACUGUCAGGGCUUCCUGCUGCAGAACAUGGUAGCCCUGCUCACCUACGACGACUCCGUCAAGCGCCUGCUGUUCGGCAAGAAGCUGCACAACCACGACGUGUUGGCCGGCCUGCUGCUCACGCUGCAGGCCCGCAUCAAGGCGCGCAACACGCCCGCCAACCCCCGCCCGCCCAAGCCCAAGUGAGCGGCACUUGCGGAGUACCGCGAAUAAGACUAAAACUUUCAAGUAUUAUAGUUCCAAGACUUAAGGGUUGUGACGAAAAAGGUUCCACUCAAUAUUAGUUUUUUUUUAAGCAAUUCAGUUAAUUAACACUAUCAACAAUUCAUCAAAAUCAUUUUUAACCUGUUUGGAGUUAAAUAUGUUUUAAGUAGAUACGUGCCACGAGAGACAUGUAUUUUCAUUCUUCGUCUGUAUUCACCACCAGCACACAGCCCUGAUUGGCCAGAGCAUUUGUGCAUCACUUGUACACAUGCAAGAGAACUGCACUUGCUGUGAUAAAGUGUAAGUAAGAGCCCAGCCUACCUGUGGUAUUCAUGAUGCAACAGAGGUUUAAAAUCCACCCGUUAUCAUUAAACUGCUCGACAUUUUGAUGUUGGGUCAGGCUUCCAGUAGCUGUUAAGAAAUGUCACAUGUACCUUCAUGUGUCUGUUCCGUGAGUGCUUGCUACAAUGUACCUAAAAAUGGCCAAACCUGUUAUUUCAGAAUAGCCCGGAAGAAAUAUAAUUUUGGAUUGCAAAAGGUGGAGUGAAUUUGAUUUUUUGAUACUUUAUAUACCUCCAUAUUUUAUGUUUUAUAUUAUAUAUAUAAUAAUGUACUGCGGUCCUUAUGCAAAUUUGUUUAUUUUGGGUAAAAAAAAAAAAAUAACAUUGCAUAGUGUGGUUGAAUAUGUGCGUAAAUAACUAACCUGUGUUGGUUUUUAAUAAAUAUGUUACGAGCAAGUAUCAAUUGUUUAAUUAUAAUAGCUCAGCAGUGUGUGUAAAACAUCAUGAACUGUGAUGUUAAGAAGGGUCUGCCACCUGUCGCAGCUGUGUUUACAGUUCUCCCACCCUCUCUCAUUGUGAAUGUGUUGUGAACUGGCACUGUUACACAAUCAUCGCGUAUCUGUCUCAACAAAUGCAAUUGUAUCCAAACAUUGUUUUAGUGUCAGUUUUCCCAUGCUUUCUACUGCAACAUUUCAUGACAAAACUGCUGAAAAGGGCAUGCUUGUUUUCAUAGGAGGAACUGACAAAAACUAAUUGAGCAGCAUGCUGUUUUUUUCUCUUUUGGGAAAGGAGAUGGGUAAAAAAAAACAUAUACAAUAGACGAGAAGGGAAACACGAGAAUAAAAAAUUGUGUACUUGGGCCAUAAGGGUGAAAAGGAGAGAUGAAGAACCAGUGACCAGUGCCAUGUUGCUUUCGCGGCAAUAAGCUGAGACACAGACCAUGAAGGGCUUCACUUGUAUUCUGCUGGAGACAGAUAUGUGAUGCGACACAUUUGAGAGCGACCCUUACUGUGAAAAUGUUAGUAUUUUAUAUUAUAUUAUAGAUGCGACUCACGCAUGGAUAACCCUUCUGUGGGUAAAUACAGUAUGUUGUAUGUAUUAACAAGUUGUGGGGGGGGGGGGGGGGGGGGGGGUUUCCAAAACUUGGAUUUGAUUAUUCAUGACGUACCUGAAAAUCAAAAUUACUCCCAACUUUUGCAACCCAACCCCACUGUUUUUUUUUAGCUAUAUCUAUCUCUGCUACUGGGCUAGGCAUGGUUUUUGCACGCUAGUGCCACAAAUCACAGUGUGAUAAAAUCUUAAGUCGCAGUAUAAACCCUUAGUUGCUCUCAGUGUUGAGAAAAAAUGUAUGCAACUUCAGUGCCAUCUGGUGAUGGGGCAUGUUCUGUGUGCAACUGGACCAAUAUAAAUGCAAUUCAAAUGUCCAGCGCUCUUCCGAAGUUUAGCUGCACACUGACGCUAAUUAGUAAAUGAACUGACAGUAUGGUGUUAAUAGUUUCUUCCAUUUGAGUGAACCAGUAAAUACAACGUAACAAGAAAACAAGAUUUAAAAAUAUGAAAGCAAAAAAUCACAGUAUAGAACUUAGUAUGUUGUGUUAAAAUAUGUUAAUAUUUAGUGACCUCUGAAAAAAAUACUUUUAGUUUUAGGAUGUGCAGAUUUUGAUCACUUGAAUUCACGUAGUGGCCUUUUCCAUAAAGUUAGAAAUCUCAGAAAUGCAAGAUCAAUGAAAAUCAA